AUGGGAGCUUGUCAGUCCUGCCUCGGAGCACGUCCACGCGACUCGUAUAAUCUGCAGCAGGAAGAGGACUCCGGCCUCCUCUAUGACGAAGCCAACGGUGUCCAGUACGGCAGCUUUGGAGAGCAAGGCAUCAACGGCGAUAACGACACGCUCGAGACGCGGCGAGAAACGGAGGCGAUCCAGAAUGUGGUGGCCAAGACAUCCGAGAACCUGGUGGACGUGUUUGAGGUGGCGCCAUCCGUAUCGGGACCCAUGACAUCGACAAACUUUGCCUACGCCGGGCAGGGCGCUCGCCUUGCCCGCUACCAGCACCUGGUCUCGAAGCUGAGCUCCGACGAAGGGGCACAACCCGGUGACAUAAAGGUCGGGUGGCUCGCGGACGACGACAACGUCGAUAUGCCGGGGACCAGCCCUGUCAGCCUAAGGACGCAGGAGGGGGACGGUGCUGCUCUGGUAGGCACCUUUGCCGAUGCAGCGGCUGCGGCCAACAACCAGGCGGACACGACGACGACGACGACGACAUGA